AUGUUCUCACUCUCAAGAUUCGGUAUUGGCCAGUUCACAAAGCCCGUUCUACUCUUCUCCUUGAUACUCCUAACCAUCUCGACUGUCUUCACAACCUUCAUCCUUUGUGGCACCACCUCCCCCGCCCUCCGAAAGUUCUAUCUCAUCUCCUUCUCCUACAAUGACUCCAAAACCACCACCGAAGUCCUCAACGGCCUCGAAAAGCUCGACGGCCUUCUCUCAUCAAGCAAGAACGACAGCGCCACAUUCAGUCUCAUCCGCGUUGGAUACCGCGGUCUCUGUGUAGACCACUCCGAGGGAUGGGACUGCGCUAGGACUUCGGCGGAUUUGGAGAGGGUUGCUGGUGACCUUGGUGGCGAUCCGUUGGAUCUGAUGGCGAUUGCGGAUAUCUACAGGAGCAGGAUCAGUUUCUCGCUACCCGUGUGGGUCGCUGUUAUCGCUAUGGCAGUGGGAUGGUUGGGUGUUGCGGUUAACUGUAUUCCGGGGAUCCCAAUCCCGGCGUGGACAAAGAAGGUCGCCGCUGUUGGGUGCAGCCUUGGGACACUGGCUCUCAUGGGGACUAUGGUUUUGCAACAGGUCACUUCUGGCGCCGUCUCAACACUAGUCCAGAAGAUGGGCAUCAACACCGUCGAGGCUAAGAUUGGCGGAGCCAACGUCGGCUUUGGCUGGGCUGCCUUCGCACUCUCCCUUCUUGCAACCAUCGCCAUCUGCGCCAUUGUCUUUGCCGAAUGGGGUAUUGCGACUGCACAGGCAAAGGCGCUAGAGAAGGGCGAUUAUUUGGUUGGGAAGGCCACAGGCGGUAAAGUCGGUAUGAGUGAUUUUGCGACGAGCGAUCCAGAGAAUGGACCUCAGAAGCCGGCGGGGACUCAGCCAAGUCUGGGGACUAGCACCUUGAGGAGUCAGCUUGGUGAGAAGGCAUUGGAUUAUGGAAAACAGGCGGCGUUGGGCGCUUUCCAAAAUCGGAUGAAGCGUUAA